AUGAAGUACCUCCUAGGGUACCUGGAGGGCAUAUCUGAUGCACCAAGCAUCACUGAUCCCGACUUUCAGCAACUCCUCGUCGACGUUCAGGCUUCCAAGAAGUCGUCUGAUGCGUUCUAUGACAGCCUCGAAAAGGUGGUCAACGAGCUGAGGAGCACGCCCGAAGCCGCUGCCUUUCUCAAACCGGUCUCGAAGCGCGAUGCUCCAGACUACUUCCAGUACAUCACGCGUCCAAUGGACCUGUCGACCGUCCUGCGCAAUGUCAAGGCGCACAAGUACAAGAACAAGACAGACUUUGGCAACGACUUGGACCAGAUCUGGAAGAACUGUCUGACGUACAACACGACGGCGAACCAUCCUCUCCGAGCUGUGGCCAAGUUCUUGCAGCAGAAGACCAACCAUCUCCUCGAUUUCAUUGCGGACCGCGAUGACACCGCCAACAACCCUCUCUUAUCGAUCCUGUCGUCGGCCGGCGCGUCGGCGGCCGUGCAGCGAGCCGCUUCUCAGCAGCCCGGAGCCGCCGGCCCAUCAGGGAACGGCGACGACGAGGAUGCCGCGGGCGAGAGCGAUGACGCGAUGGGAGAAGACGACGAGGCAGGCAAGUCUGCCGAUAAACAACCACCUCCUUCCGGUCAUGGUGACCCAAAUGGGAGGGCGACUCCGGAUGCCGGGGCUAGUCGAGACAAACGGGCGACUAGCGUCGGAUCGGCAUCUGGAGACCGGCGAGUGAAUGGGAAGGCGAACGGGGUGGCCAAGAGCCCCCCGCCGUUUCGUCCCAGCUUCCAGGCCAACCUGGACGCACCCGCACUGAUUAGAACGCCCUACACCAUGACCCACCUCCAGCCCGUGUCGCUCAACGAGCCAGGGCCUUCCUUUUCCGACAAAGGCAAGGCCCGUGACGUUCUCUACGGCAACGCUCCACCACCAUGGUACCCCGUCUCUGUGACAACAGACGACGAGGACGCCAAGCUCGAGGGCUACUGGUGGGGCAUGACCUCCAAGGACGACGCAUACGUCGGCGGUCUGCCGGCCGUGCCGUGCAUGCUCGAGGGACCCUCGCAGAAGCGCCGCCGCGUGUCAUCACGUCGUCAGCGUUCUGCGUCUCCUCAAGCAAAUGGAAACGCGCGACCAGCACGCUUCGAGUCGGCGCCGCCGUCCCUCGUGCCUUCCAAACCCGUGUCACUAGAACGAGUCGUCCAGCGAGGUAUCGACAAGAUGGUCGACGCUCGCCAGACGAUGAACAUUAUUCAAGACUGGCAGCGAUAUUACGAAGGCGACGGCAUGGGUCCACCACCUCCACUGCUCGAACCCCCCGAGGUGGAACGCGCUCGCUUAGCCGAGGAGCGCACCGAGGGCAAGCGGAAGCGCCGCGAGGCCCGCGUCGAGGGCGCAGAACGCCGAAAGCAAGGGGGCGAGGUCGGCGAGGCCGAGGCUGCGUUAUCCCUCAAGCGCGUGACUGCGAGCAUGUUGGCUCACAGUGGCUUUGAGGGCGCCAACGAGAUCCCGCUCGACCUCUUCACUCGCGUUGCAGGAGACUACCUCCGUAACCUGGGCCGCACGUUCCGACUCCUCAUCGACGGCUUCUCCCAUCAGAUGGACAGUGAGGAGAUUGUCCUGCACGCGUUGCACGAAAACGGCCAGAUUGAACUGCAAGACCUCGAGUCGCACAUCAAAGACGACAUUGGGCGCGAGACUUCCAAGGUCGCCGAGAUGCAGCGCAAGGUCCGCCAGUCAUACAAGGAGCUCACCACUGGGCCCGUCAUCGAGGACGACAUGCUGUUUGCCCAGGACGGUGAGAUGCUCCAGCACGGCGACUUUGCCGAGGACCUCGGCGAGGACUUUCUCGGUCUCCGCGAGCUGGGUAUCGACAAGGAGUUUGGCCUCAACUCGCUCAGUGUGCCCAAGGCGCUCUUCUUUGGUCGUCGCAACCGCAACAAUGCGGCAGCACUGGGUGCCAAGGCCGACGAACCAGAUUUCCCGUCUCCACCGCAGUUCAUCUCCCUCACGCCCGGUUCCUACAAGAACGUUACGCCGGCGCUCAUGCACGCCUUCUACGCCCACCGCAUCGAGGCUGGCACCGGAGUGGACAAAGACGACGCGUUCGACCAGGUCCACGCCACCAUUGGCCCACUCGGCCAGAUUGUGCAAAAGCCCCUCCCCGGCGCCGCGGCGGCCAAGAAGACGCAGGCUAAAAAGGACGCAAAUGGAGAGGAGAAGAAGGAGAAGAAGCCCGCCAAGAAGCCAGGGCAACCUGGUGUAGGCAAGGGCAACUGGAUCCGGCCGUCCAAGGAGGAACGCGAGCGGCGUGCGGCAGAGAAAAAGGCCGCGCUCGAGCGACAGCGUGCCGAGGCGGCGGCGUCGGCGCCGCCAGAGGAGGAGGACGCAGAGGGCGAAGAAGAGUAG